AUUGACCUUUGAGGGAGUGCGGGCCAAACUUUCCCCAAAAUUGGAUAACGCAAUUUUACGCAACUGACUUCUCCAUUUUCUUUGCUUCCCCCCCUUCGUUUUUUUCUCCCCAAACCCUAAUCAAUCCGAUUAAAUUAAAUUAAAUUAAAUUCACCGGCACCACCACCACCACCACCACCACCAGCACCGCCGCCACGCCUCAUUUGAUUCGCCGGUUUCCUUCAGUGGUUGGAUUUCCACGGCCAAUUUCCCUAAUUUUAGAUUGUACAGGUCGCCUUCUGACGCACAAGUGCAACAAUUUGUAUCCAUAAUUUUUUAUUUGAUUGAGCUGCGUUCGGAGAGAAAUUGCUGGUUGUUGUUGUUUGUUACUUUCCACACACACUGCCAUAGAUGGAGGGCAAUUCUGCAGGCGGCGGCGGCGGCGGAGGAGGAGGAGGAGGAGGGGGCAAUGACGUGGAGUUGCUGUGCAAAACAUUGCAGGUCGAGCACAAGCUGUUCUACUUCGAUCUCAAGGAGAAUCCUCGAGGGCGAUACCUUAAGAUAUCGGAGAAGACUUCGGCGACGAGGUCCACCAUUAUUGUACCCUCGAACGGCAUCUCCUGGUUCCUUGAUCUCUUCAAUUAUUAUGUCAGUUCCGACGAGCAAGAUGUCUUUAGCAAAGAGCUCCAGCUGGAUACCAAGGUUUUCUAUUUCGAUGUUGGCGAGAACAGAAGGGGGCGUUUUCUCAAAAUAUCUGAAGCUUCUGUCAGCCGAAACCGCAGUACUAUUAUUGUGCCAGCUGGAAGUACCGGAGAUGAAGGGUGGGGUGCCUUUAGGAAUAUCUUGGCCGACAUAAAUGAAGCAUCGGGGCUUUUCGUCCUCCCCAAUCAGCAGAACUCUGAAGCACCAGAACACCUUGUUGGGCUUUCAGAUGAUGUGGGCGCCGGUUUUAUUUCCAGUCAUAGUUCUCAACCUUCCCCAGCAGCUGACUUGAACGUUCACCGCUCUUCUGAUCUGCCACCACCUGAUGACAUGGGUAAUUUGGGCCUCUCGAAAGUGAUAAGAGCUGAUCAGAAGAAAUUCUUCUUUGAUCUUGGCAAUAAUAACAGAGGACAUUUCUUGAGAAUAUCGGAGGUAACAGGCUCGGAUCGAUCCUCUAUCAUUCUCCCACUGUCAGGCCUGAAACAGUUCCAUGAAAUGGUGGGCCAUUUUGUGGAGAUUACUAAAGAUCGAAUCGAGGGGAUGUCCGGUGCAAAUGUUCGAACAGUGGACCCUCCCCAAAGGUGAAUGUGGCUGUUAAUUGUCUAAAUUGUGAUAUGUGGCACCAUCUAUUUGUUGGUUGAUCAGGGGGUGCAAUCUGUGUGCUGCUUGCCGAGUGAUUUGCUUUAUUUAUCUUUCGAUUAAGUCUGAAUAAAAAUUCUUGUGUCUUUUUCUUCGAUUGGGGAUUGUUUAUGAAAAAUAAUCAGUUUGAUUCGAUAUAGAAUGUUAUAUAAAUAAAUGAAUAAACAUCUUUUUCGUUUUAUUUUCUUGUUUUUGGCCAAAAGAAUGGCAUCUGCAUUAGGUCUCUUCUUCACAUAGAUUGGAAGUGUGUUUUGUGAUUGUAUAAUAAACUGGUUAUUGCGAUUUGGUAACGAUUGGAAGUUGACUCAGUUGAGUG